UCUUUUGGUCGUCACUUUCAUACUCUAUUCUCUCUCCAAAACAAGCAGCUAAGUAGCUAUAGCUAGAGAGAGUGGGAAAUAAAAAGGCAAGUCGGAACAACGCAGGAGCUAGCCAGAUAAAUAGGAGGAGGAAGCCGCUUGCGGCAGGAGAAGGCCAGGGGAAGGAAAAGUAGGAGAGAGGUGAUUCAGGUCAGCGCGCGGCAGCGGCACGAAGUGAGCAGAAAACUUCGUCCCACGGAAAGGGAAGCUAGGGUACCAAUCGAUGGCCUCCUCGUCGGCGUCUUCGCUGCCAGGCUCAGUCAUCACCGUGGCCUCGUCGGCAGCGGCGCUCGGCGCCGCCAGCUCUGGGGCGGCCGUGACGGGCUCGCCGUGCGCGGCCUGCAAGUUCCUCCGUCGCAAGUGCCAGCCUGACUGCGUGUUCGCGCCCUACUUCCCGCCGGACAACCCUCAGAAGUUCGUUCACGUGCACCGCGUCUUCGGCGCCAGCAACGUCACCAAGCUCCUCAACGAGCUGAACCCGUACCAGCGGGAGGACGCCGUAAACUCGCUCGCAUACGAGGCUGACAUGCGCCUCCGCGAUCCCGUCUACGGCUGCGUCGGCGUCAUCUCCGUCCUCCAGCACCAGCUCCGCCAGCUCCAGCAGGACCUCACUCGCGCCCGCUACGAACUCUCAAAGUACCAGGCAGCUGCGGCGGCGGCAGUUUCGGCGUGCAACGGGGCACCGGCGAUGGCGGAUUUCAUAGGAAACGCGGUGCCCAACUGCACGCAGAACUUCAUCAACAUCAGCCACUCCACGGCGAUCGGCGCGGGCGUUGGUGGCUUCGGGCACGACCAGUUCGCCGCCGUGCAGAUGCUGGCGAGAUACGAGGGGGAGGGCGCCAUCGCCAGGCUCAGCGUCAACGGCGGGUACGACUUCGGGUACUCGUCGGCCAUGGGAGCCGUCGGGCCGGUGUCCGGCCUCGGGCCGCUAGGAGGCGGGCCGUUCUUGAAACCUGGCACGGCCGGCGGGGACGAGCGGCACGCCGCCGGGCAGUAGCGGCGCAUUCGAUUCAUCCAUAUCUUUCGCGGCAGAUAAUAUCAUUUGAGGAGGGUACCACCAAGAACUGAAGACUAAACUGGUGAAACAUCCUGAAGAUCAUUCAUGCAUGUCAAUCUACUACUCUAUCUUACUACGUGCAGAACAAAAGGAGUUCUUGAGUUAAAUUAGCACCUUGUUUGAUUUGUUUGGUGUCCUACUUUUCUCUUUUGUUCCAUCCAUAAAGUCGAACCAUAUAUGUAUCCUGAUUCCCCAGCAGCUGGGAUUUGUUUGUGUGUGUGUGUCAGUGUGUGUUGUUUGCUCCAUAAUAUGUAAUGCUUCUUUGUUUUCACAGAUGGUGUCCAUUACUUAAUUUUAUUAAGUGAGGAGUAUUGUAUAUUACAAAGUUAGUGGAUCAUGAAACUGUUAACUGUCU